CAUAUUGAUGGAACGGGAAACAGUCAGAAUUCAGUGAAGGAAAGAAAAGCUUGAAAAUGUAUGCAAUUUAAAACUUGAAUUAUCUGUUUGAUAAAAUAGAAAUACGUCAAUGGCUCGAAAACUCUUUAGAGUUAUUUUCAUAUGUCCAUCAGCAUAUUUGGAUUACCAUUGAUAUACUUUCAGCAACAUUUAUGAUUUUUUUUAAAUAUAGCAUCUUCAUAUCAAUAAAAAUUUGCAAUUAUUUGCUCAAAAUAUGUAUCUAUGGAAUGAAAUGAAAAAGGAAUGAAAAUGAAAUGAGACAAUAGGGGGAACGAAUGGUUUGGCAGUGAGGCAUCGCACUGUCAGGCAAAAAACGACAAUGGAACGAUAAGGAACAUGUUACCGCAGCAGCCUCCUCUUCUAAUAAAAAUAGAAGGCAACCCUGAUGUAAUGAACCAAGACGAAGAUGUUUAUUGCUGAAGAUCAAGAAGAUGAUGUGAUGGAAGCUGUUGAUCAAGUUUAACUGCUCAACAAAACCAAGUUGGUGAAUACAGUUAACGCCAGAGCAGUGGUGUCGUGGAGAGGGUUCAGGUUGGCUUAGGCUUAUUUGUUAAAAUUCAGAGAGACUUUGGGGGCGUGGCAGUGAAAUUCAAUUUACAGUGCCGUGAUAUACGGAUUCUCGUUUAUUUUACACGUGAUUUCGUGAUGCAGAAUGGAUGUCUGGUACCCCCAUUGUAGUAGAGACUGUGCAAUUAGAUUAUAAACUAAAUCAGAGGUCAGAGUCUCGCCAUGGCCGUUGCUAGCAGGAGGGGGUGCGGGGUUGCGGAAAUCAUUGAUACUGCGAAGGUGCAUUCUCGACUUUUGGCGGGUGAUACCAUUCCGAGGUUUCGAACAAAAAUACAACAUUCCAACAUUGAGAUUAUAAGAUUCCAAAAUGCAGAAGUCUAGUCGACUAAAAAGAGAAUUAAAGCAAUUAUCGAAAUCACCAUCUCAUGGAAUUUCUUGCUGGACAGUUGGCGAAAAUGUUGAUCAAUUAGAAGCAACUAUCAUAGGACAGGAAGGCACCCCCUAUAAUGGAGGAGUUUUCAAGCUUUCAAUAAUAAUUCCUGAAAGGUAUCCUUUUGAACCUCCUCAAGUCAGAUUCAAAACCCCAAUUUACCACCCAAAUAUUGACACAGCUGGCAGAAUCUGUCUUGAUAUACUGAAAAUGCCACCAAAGGGAGCCUGGAGGCCAGCACAUAACAUCUCAACAUUACUGAAAUCAAUCCAAGUUUUAAUUGCUGACCCAAAUCCUGAUGAUCCACUCAUGGUAGAAAUUUCAUCAGAAUUCAAAUGCAAUCGACAAUUGUUUGAUCAAAAAGCCAAACAGUGGACUCAGAAAUACGCAACAGAAAAUGACCUGAAAGCAAGCAAGAAAAUACUUGAAAGCUUUCAGCAGCACUUUCAAGAUGCACCCGAAUUUAGCCAGCACGUUUGGAGUAUUUUGCAUCUUCUUACACAUGUUCCUGCAUUCAGUCGACGGUAGAAUCCUGCGCAGAUCUUGUGGAGACUACGCAAACUUCUCCUAUGUAGAGCAGGAUAAAGUUUUGCAGGGAGAGAAAAUAACAACAGUAAUUGUUCCAUCCGAAGAAGAAUGCGAACUUGCCUGUGUUGAUGAGCUGCAAUGCAAGUCAAUAAACAUAGAAAAGAGAAGGAAUGCCAGACAGUGCGAGCUCAACAAACGCUCUACUGCAGAUGCUUCAGACGGGGUAGCACUAACGCCAAAGCAAGGUUGGGUGUACAAGUCAACGAGCUUUACUGAAAAUCUGAUUGGGCACAUGUGCAGGAAACUCAAUCCAUGCGAACCGGAGCAUUUGUGUCUCGAUGUUUGCUAUUCCACUGGAUACAAGUGCACCCAUUGCAAGGAGCUUCCACUUGGCAUGCCGUGUGUUAGAUCAAUCAGUAACAUUGCAUUUGGGAAAAGUACUUCACAGUCAUCGACGUACGCUCCGUAUUCAAGCGCCAAUGCGGUUGAUGGAGGCAGAACUGGCGUUUGGAGUUCAGGUGGUUUUAGCAGAUGCAUGCACACACAAGCGCAAAGACCUUGGUGGUCUGUAGACUUUGCUGGAAAUGCAGUUGUGUAUUCAGUUACGAUAUACUCAAGGUUAGAUUGCUGUUUUGAACGAGUCAGUGGUCUGCAUGUAAAGCUUGGCAACAAACAUUCACCCAAUGCAAAUACAAGAAUUUGGACCACGCCCACUUUUUCAUCGACUCAAACAAACCAUACGAAAGAAUUCAUCCAACCGAAAAAUGGAAAGUAUCUUUAUGUGGAGUCGCAGGUAGACAGCAAUUUGGAUUUUUGUGAGGUUGAAGUAAUGGGAUACCUAGAAUAAACGGUUUACCUAUACCUAGGAAGUGAUGGGAUACCUAGGUAGACAACUAUAUUUAUUUUUGUGAGGUUGAAGUAAUGGGGUAUCUUCAAUAACAGAUGAAGAAACCUUUUACAAGGUUACCAAAAGAAAAAAUAACUUGUAUGAAACAAUCAUGUAUACAGCUAUAAUAUCAGCACUCAAGUUUUGUAUAAAUUUUGUUAUUAAGAGCACUGUGGAAAAUUUUGAGUUAGUUUCUUUGUGCUGCACGAAUUUAUUUGCAUUAAAACCAAUCGAAAGGUAAUUGAAAAGUUAAACGAACCUCCAUGAGGUGACGUCUGAUUGCAAUUCAUCAGUAGCGACCGGAGGAGCAGUACAGGACAUUGUCUCGUAGUGUUUGUGAACCAGUCUUGAGAGAGUACAAUAAAUCAAUGACAAUGCUUGAAAAUGGCUUUGAAAAAAGAAAACAUUUGAGUAAACUAAAUCUUUUCGUCUGAUAUUUUUCAGAGUUGAAAACGUCAGACCAUAGAUCGAAAACUCUACGCUAGGAAACAUAUAAACCAAGUUGUGGAACGAAAUAGGCCAAUCAGAAACACGAGCACAUGACUGUUGAGGUUGCCCAAUCAGUGCCGCUUGCCUAUAGGGAUUGUUACCAAUGGAGUCCUUAAGUGGAAAAGUGGAAAUGAACUCCUUUUGUCUACCCAAUAGCUGCAGACAAAACAACCCUCUAUCCUGGAGUCAUAGAGCAUGCGCUCAUUUCUUUUACACUAGAUGUAAAAUCACUAUACACAAAAAUUUCUCAAGAUGAGAAUAUCAAAGCUUCCCUCGAUACCAUCAAAAAUCAUUGUGGGGAGACUACCCCACUGCAUGUAAAAUAAAACAAAUGGCAAUAUUUAUACCCAAACAAAAUUAUAUUGCUCUCUCAUUUUGAUAAGAACAAUUUUAUAAGAACCCGAGCCAUUAAAUUGGUCAAAAGGGAUCUUAACAUGCCUAUGCCUUGCCUAUAUUUAGAAAUAACUAAUCGAAAAUGGCUAGCGAAUGACAGUUUGGGAUCUAGUAUGGCGCCGAGUUGUUAUUGCUCUUGAACUCUCAUUACUGGAGCUCCAUUUAAAAGGAUGAUCCAUUGGAAUUCUCCGUGUUUAAAAGAUAAUUUCUACUUUCUACUGCUGGUUGGGUCAGGAUUAAAGAACAUUUGCCACCUAAGCGCCCACAGUUCAAUAAUGCAGCAUAUCAACUAAUGCAGCAUAUGCAGCUUAAAGUAUAGUAGCAUCUAGACGUAAGCAUGUAUUGUAAACAAUUUUAUAUGAUAUAAAAAAACUGCGUAGAUUGAUGUGUCAUCGGCAAGUAAAUUUUCCUUACACUUUAAGCCAUCAGUCAAGUCAUUGAUAUAGAUAAGAAAAAAAAGAGGACUCAAGAUAGAACCUUGGGGAGCACCGGCUGAAAUAUUACGCCAUGUAGAUGCUUUGCCAUUCAAAACAGUACGCUGUUUUCUAUUGUGAAGGCAACUUUCUUCAAAUUCUUUUUCCUAUUUUCUUCAAACACUUUUCCUUCGCCUCCUCAAUUAAAUUGGAUCCCUGAGAUAUCACAUUGGCAAUGACCUCUCGCUUGCAUUCUGGCUGUUCAUUUCUGAUGAAAGUCUUAUAAGCCCUGUUCUUUUUCAUGAUG